CGAUUUCCCGCUUCUGAUUGGUCUAAAGCAACGAACCAAACGCGCUUUAAUCCAAUGAACUCUCAGGAGGGAGAAGCACGUGGGAAGUAAACGCAGUGAUUGGUCGCAGUUACGCGUGACGUCAUGGGUCAGAGUUGAGCGUGGUGUUCAUCAAAUCCCUUUGACACAAUGGAUGCUGAGGAGAGGACAGACGACAGUGGUCACCAAAGGUGGAACUGCAAACGUCACAACUGUAUCAAUCCCUAAUGCAAGAACAGAUCGAGUGGUCGGCCGCUGGUUAGUGGGAUGCAGUGGUUUGGUUCUGGGUGCUGUCAUUCUGGGAGGUGUGACUAGGUUAACAGAAUCUGGACUUUCUAUGGUUGAUUGGCAUUUAGUGAAGGAGAUGAAGCCACCUCGCACUCAAGCAGAAUGGGAAGAUGAGUUCUCCAAAUAUAAACAGUUCCCAGAGUUUAAAAUUAUGAAUCACGACAUGACGCUGACGGAGUUUAAGUUUAUCUUCUACAUGGAGUGGGGUCAUCGUAUGUGGGGUCGACUGGUGGGAUUAGCUUACAUUCUUCCUACUGUAUAUUUCUGGAGAAGAGGAUACUUUAAUCGCUCGAUGAAAGGCCGUGUUUUGGGCCUUUGUGGCUUUGUCGUGUUUCAGGGUCUUCUCGGCUGGUAUAUGGUGAAGAGUGGACUGGAGGAAAAGCCAGAAUCGUACGACGUCCCUCGUGUUAGUCAGUACAGACUGUCAGCUCAUCUGGGUUCAGCUCUUCUGCUGUAUUGUGCCAGUCUCUGGACAGGACUUACGCUACUGCUGCCUCCUAACAAGCUUCCAGAGAGCCGGAGUUUGCUUCAGCUCAGACGGUUUGCUAAAGGUACCGGAGCUCUGGUCUUCCUCACAGCUCUCUCAGGUGCAUUUGUGGCUGGACUGGAUGCAGGUUUAGUGUAUAACUCCUUCCCAAAAAUGGGCGAGCGCUGGAUCCCUGAUGAUCUGUUGGCUUUCUCCCCAACCAUCAAAAAUGUGUUUGAAAAUCCCACAACAGUUCAGUUUGAUCACCGCUGUCUGGGCAUCUGCUCAUUGGCUGCCAUCACAGGACUCUACCUCUUCUCCAGACGAAUGUAUUUACCCAGGAGGACAAAGAUUGCCAUCGGAUGUCUCACUGCUAUGGCCUACACACAGGUGGUCCUUGGCAUCACUACACUUUUGUGUUACGUUCCCACAUCACUGGCGGCCACACAUCAGUCUGGAUCUGUGGCGCUCCUCACUUUGGCCAUCUUUGUUUUGGCUGAGCUGCGUAAAGUGGUCAAGUAGAUAUAAUGAGGUUCUUGGAAUGUGUAUAUUUCAUUAAAUUAUUCUUUAAAGUGCAUAAUUUGAUCAUGACAUCAUGUUGGUUUGUAUGUAUGGGUGUAUAUAACAGACCCAGCCCACUGUCAUUGUGAAAAACAUGUUUUAUUUGUGCAAAUUUUGUAACUAUAUGAAAAUAAUCAUUUGCUUCAUAAUGUCUGACAUUCAUCCUGAGCUCACUGAUCAGAAUAAAUCACACAUGAAGUUUUAA